AUGCUGUUCAACUAUGCUAUUGACAGGAUCCUCGGUAACGCCCUACGCGACAGUGACGACGUUGAAUUUGCACCCCGACAUCGACUGACUGAUCUCGACUAUGCCGAUGAUAUCGUCUUACUUGCUUCAAGUUUUGGUGAUCUGCAUUCUCUUCUGUUACGGAUGAACGAGGUCGUUAAAUCGGUCGGUUUAUCCAGAAACGCUGAGAAGAACAAAGUGUUUUCAAGCUGCAUCUCUGACCAGGAGAAGGCACCCCUCGGGAUUGAUGUCUGUCAACUUGAAAACGUAGACAGUUUUAAAUACCUUGGGGCGAGGCUGCUAGGAUUUGCGUUUACCGUGCAUCUGUCCGGCUGUUCUUCUCUACGGUUGUGAAUGCUGGCUUUGAGCGUGGAGGACGAGCGAAAACUUGAGGUAUUUGACCACAACUGCUUAAGGACCAUCCUUCCAGUGAAGUUCACCGACUUGGUCUCAAAUGAGACAGUCCGCACUCGCUGCGACAACAUCGCAAGUAUAACUCAGGCCAUCCAAGAAAGACGACUAAAGUGGUUGGGACAUGUUCUUCGUCGUCCACCUCAGGCGCUCAGUGUUGCUGCCGUUGACCCGGCACCGUUGUCCCAUCGGAGGCGUUGAAGAGAGGGUCAGUUUAAAACCUGGCUCGACACUGUCCGUCAAGACAUGGAGGUGGUUCUUGGACCUUCGGUAUUCGGUCUCCGUCGUUGGCGAAGGGAAUGGGUUGAGCUGUCCAGAUCAGCUGCCGCGGAUCGUCACGCGUGGAGAGGUACAGUUCGGGACAUUAUCGAGGACGGCUAGAUCAGGCAAGAUCGCAGCCGUAUCAAGUGCAAGUACAAGCACUGAUGCAGAUUCAUUAAACGAACAUUUUAUUCUCAGUCCCAAGGACUUCCAUCUUCCUAAAAACAAAAUUUCCCUCCAACCAUGUGCCUGCGUAUCUAUGUUAGCUGGCAAAUGAUGAACAAACCAAUGUUGUUUACUCGCGACCACUCUCUCCAAAAUCCUGUAAACUGGCUUACGCCUCGAAGCCUACCGGGAGCAUCAGAGUUGGCAUCUAUUACUAAUGUCAAUGACCGCUGCCGACGAAUGUCGUCGGCGUUCACGUACCGAUCCAAGUAAGUAUGGAACCAAUAGCCGAUCGACAACGACAUGCCCGCGCUUGCAUUGGGAAAAUAACCUAAUAAGUGUGUAAAAAUAAUUUUUAAUGAACAAACAGUUAUCGGAAUAUUUUACAAAAAUGCAUGUUUAAUUACAGGAGUUAGAAGGAUCAGUUGGUUCUAGUUGGAAAGGUACUAUUGCUCGACGUGUAGCAUUCCAUAACAGACAAACCGUCUCCAAACAUGUUGCACGCUUCGCCAAAUGAACCUGCAUUUUCUCUGGUCGAGCAGGCUUUUUAAUUCUAAAAUUGAGAUUUGAAAAUGCAAUUGCACUAGAGAACAACAAAAAGACUAAAGAAGUGCAUGAUUGACACUUUCGCGACUGCAGAAUAAUUAUGGACCAACCUGACGAUGCAUGCGCGUUCCUCCACUGACCAGCACGACUCCUCAUUGUCCAUCCCUCUGCACUCUUUAACUACUUUGACACAACCCCGGAGGUUAUUGCCGACUCUCCAUGCAUUCUUUCCGUUUUCAUCGUCUUCUGUGUAGCGUCAAGAAGCUUGGCAGACCGCUGACAGUGGGCCUUCGCACUCGGCUUCAAAUCCGCCAUCUCCUUCGAUUCCUCACUCACUCAUCGCACACUCUCCUCCUCCUCCUCCUCCUCAUUCUCCUCCUCCUCCUCCUCCUCCUCCUCCUCCUCCUCUACUUCCUCCGGGUCCUCUUGCUCCUACUUGUUUCCCUCGCCAUGCCCAUCAUAUUUUGGUUUUUUGCUUUCCCCCGCGUCUUUUCCGUCCUCAGCGCUUUCAUUAUGGUAACCAACAAACUUCUGAUUAAACCCGAUCUAUAG